AGCUUCGAGGCGGAGCUGGCCGGAAGGAGGCGGGAAGACUUGGUGGGAUAUCACCCAAUCAUCAUGUGCACUGGUUAAGAUAGACAGACAGUUGUUCCCUUCCUAGCCGACAGGAGGGGAUGGUCCUUUGAACGCUAGCAGGGGCGGGCACUUGAUGUUUGAUAGACGUGCAUACCAUCCAAUUGCAGUGUGACCCUUUCAGAUGGACGGCUUUUCUGGCCAAUGAAGACUUAUGGCGGGGUCUCGGGGGCCGGGCGGUGGACCCUCUGGUAAAAGGCGGUCCCCGGUCGGGGGGGAGAGAGAAGAAAGGGGGGGGUCUCGGAGGCCGGAGGACUCGGGUGAAGAUGGCGGCAGCCGAGGCCGCGAACUGCAUCAUGGAGAAUUUUGUAGCCACCUUGGCUAAUGGGAUGAGCCUCCAGCCGCCUCUUGAAGAAGUUUCCUGUGGCCAGGCAGAAAGCAGUGAGAAGCCCAAUGCUGAGGACAUGACAUCCAAAGACUACUACUUUGACUCCUAUGCCCACUUUGGCAUCCAUGAGGAGAUGCUGAAGGAUGAAGUGCGUACCCUUACAUACCGCAACUCCAUGUUUCACAAUCGACACCUCUUCAAAGACAAGGUGGUGCUGGACGUGGGCUCGGGCACUGGCAUCCUCUGCAUGUUUGCGGCCAAGGCAGGGGCCCGCAAGGUCAUCGGGAUUGAGUGCUCCAGUAUCUCUGAUUAUGCUGUGAAGAUUGUCAAAGCCAACAAGUUAGACCACGUGGUAACCAUCAUCAAGGGCAAGGUGGAGGAAGUGGAGCUGCCUGUGGAGAAAGUGGACAUCAUCAUCAGCGAGUGGAUGGGCUACUGUCUGUUCUAUGAGUCCAUGCUCAACACGGUGCUGCAUGCCCGGGACAAGUGGCUGGCACCUGAUGGCCUCAUCUUCCCAGACCGGGCCACCCUUUAUGUCACAGCCAUUGAGGACCGACAGUAUAAAGACUACAAGAUCCACUGGUGGGAGAAUGUAUAUGGUUUUGAUAUGUCCUGCAUCAAAGACGUGGCCAUCAAGGAGCCCUUGGUGGAUGUCGUGGACCCAAAGCAGCUGGUCACUAAUGCCUGCCUCAUAAAGGAGGUGGACAUUUAUACAGUCAAGGUAGAGGACCUGACCUUCACCUCCCCCUUCUGCCUCCAAGUGAAGAGGAAUGACUACGUGCAUGCAUUGGUGGCUUACUUCAACAUCGAGUUCACCCGAUGCCACAAGAGGACCGGCUUUUCUACCAGUCCUGAGUCCCCAUACACACACUGGAAGCAGACCGUGUUCUACAUGGAGGACUACCUAACAGUGAAGACUGGCGAGGAGAUCUUUGGCACCAUUGGCAUGAGGCCCAACGCCAAAAACAAUCGCGACCUCGACUUCACCAUCGACCUGGACUUCAAGGGGCAGCUGUGUGAGCUCUCGUGCUCCACCGACUACCGGAUGCGCUGAGGAGGCGCCAGGCUGGCCCUUCUGCAGAAGAGGGCAGGGGCUGGGCUUGGGGGAUGGGAGGGUACAU